AUGAAAUGUUCAUUGAUUGUUGGCUCACGUAAAGAGGCCAUCGCAAUUAAUGGUACACCAAAUUUUGUAAAGUCAAAACACUUUGAGGGACGGGUAAAGGUACGACUCCGGCACUAUGAAGUUCUGGAUCACGAGUAUUUCUCAAAAUCCAACGAUACAUGCUCUAUUAUGAUUGCUGGAAGGUUUCUUCCUACGCAAGGUGCAUUAACAGCCGACGAUAUUUUGUUUGGUAAUCAAUUUGAGAAACCCUUAAGAGAUAUUCUUCCAACUGGAUCCUCUUACAUGAUGAAGGGCCUCAAGCUGGUAGACCCAGCGAUUGAGUAUGAUUUGUACUGUGAUCAACCAUGGGCAUUUUCUCCAUUUUAUGCGACUAUGACAAGGCUUAAAAUGGCCAAUGCUCAACCGCCUUUGGAGUAUUUUUACGAAGAUUCUUCGGAAAGAAGGAAGGAAAUGCAAGAUCCUGAAAACCGAAAGAAAUUACCGAUAAAACCAAACCAAUACUUCAUCGCUGACUUUUGUAAUCCAUUUUUUGACCCUAGUUCCAUGAGCGUCUCCGUUCCAUAUACCGGAUUGAAGUUUUCUGUCAAAAGUUAUUAUUCCGGUCAACCUUUGCGAUAUGUUUGCAAAACUCGGGCAGGGGAACCAAUUUUUGCUAUAGAGUUUGAUUUGUAA